AUGACGGAAUCAGUCCCCAGAGACACACCCGAGCAGUCACAAGCCGAUGAGCAACACGACCAGGAGUCGGCUUCGAAAUUGGCUGCCAACGCAGCUCUUAAAGAUCGGAGAUGUCAAUACUGUGGUCAGGCAUUCACAUCAUCCUCUCUGGGUCGUCAUCUAGACCAGUUCUUGUUCAAAAAGAAGCCCGAUGGGAUCCACGAUGUGGAGGAGAUUCGGCGCAUCCGCAGUGGGAUCACUCGUCGGCAGGCCCGCACAAGUUCUGGCAAGCGCGAUGGCAGCCCAGAUCAUGCACAGAAAAGGGGACCCUCGGGGAGCAAUGCAGCGGGUGAUUCCGCUUCCAAAUCGCGCGAUACUUCUGUGCGCAUGAUGUUCAACACUCCCACCUGGCACGCAACUGGUGUGAUCAACGAUAUACCCAAUCCAAGCCGUACCGUGGACGGACCUCGAAUCGCGCCUGCUCAAUCAAGAGCAGGAUCGCUACAGCUGCCCGAUUAUGCGACACGAGGGGCUGUUGCGAAUAACCCAGAUACAAUGAAAGCGUUGGAGCUGGCCUUGCGCGAAGUGCUAGAUAACAUUAAGGCAGCAACUUCCCGGGUUCGACCGCGCCUUUCGCCAUUCGACUUUGAGAUCCAAGCCCAAACUUUCCCCUCCCUCUGCCUUCAGCUUCUCCCUCCGCCCCCGAGCUUGUUCGCAUCGCAUCCUUUCUCAUCCCCGACAUCAUUCCCACUUCAACCACCCGGCAGGGAAUAUCUUGAUAUUGUACGCCAAGCACUUCGUUCCAAAAUUACACAAUGGCGAACAGAUCAAUUCUCCAAGGAUUCGGGAUCGCGCCCAGGAAAUGUUGGGGGCACUUUUGAUAAUUCCAUGAUUCACCGGACGGCACACCAGCACGAAGAAACGGCAAUUCGACACCUAGAACUAGCCUUCAAUCAUUGGAACACGCUACCUCAUGAAACCCGCCGUGAAGCGUGGCAGCUUGAGAUCACGCGCGCGUUCGCCCGUGAACUCGAGAAGCGCAAAUCUGUGGACGAGCAACUUGCGCGGGUGCAGCAGGAAGCGAAUCAGCUUCGCGCUCAGGUCGAACGAUUGGGCUCGUGCCAGUGGCCACGCGAAUUCGCUCUCUUCCCACCAGACACACUUCCAAUCCCUCGGGACGUGGCACGCGAAUUGGACGCGAAUGGAAGCCAGAUCGGCCCCGAAUCGACGAGGUGGGACUUUGAUAGCGUAGUUUCCAAAUGGAAGCGUGUUGUCAUGCAUGACAAGAGUAUGGGCCGCAGCGGAGUAGGUCAUAGCUCGACCGCAAACCCCCUGGACCCGGAUUCUCAGCAUGACGUUCGUCCUCCUCGACCAGGUGAGGAUACGUCGUCUCACCCGAAUCGCCUGCGGCCUUUCCAAAAUACUGCUGCAAUGAGUCCAGAUCCUGCCAAUGCAUCUACCCCGGCGUCGUCGACAAAUUAUGCCUCUCCUUAUUCCCACGCCGAUCCUCGCAGCCCACCGGGUGGUAACGCAUCCGGUCCACAGGCCAAGCGCCCACGGCUGAUGAACGGAUCUGAAGGCCUUUCGACUGCCGAACCAGCGACGACGAAGGCGGCUGGUCCUGGUUCAUGGCCUUCGUCUACGCCUAUCCUGUCUAAUUUGGCUGCUCCUUCGGGGCAAACGCCCCCAUCCGCUUCUCGCAGCUAA